AUGGACGCUGAUGCGACUCAACAUGAGGACGCCGUUCCAGCAAAGUGGUCGAACAAAGACAUCAUCUACGUCGCUUGCGUUAGUCCAGUCCUCCUCGCAGCAUUUCUCGAGUGGUUUCUAUGGCUAGCAGCAUUCUUCUAUUGCUUGUACAAGGCUUUCCGGAAAGCAGAUCAUUGGUCGCAACGCCUGCUUGCGACACUGCUAUUCUUCAUCUUCUUGAUCAUACGAGGCAUAUUCCUGCCAGUGAUGAUCGUCACGAUCCCGCUGCCCAACCGUAUUACUCGAUACUUUCCCGACAUCGCCGUUGAUGCUCUGCAGGAGUUCGCCUUCUACGCCUUUGCGGUGCUACUUACAAUCCCAUGGCUGGUGGUUGUAUAUCAAAUCAUCGUACAUCCCAUUGGAAGAAGGAAGCUUGUCAAGUAUACGUUGGACGAACAUAAUGCACCUAAAGUCGUGGUGGUCAUGCCUGUGUACAAAGAGCCUCCUGAUUCCCUGUGGAAGGCUCUCAACUCUGUGGUCGACGGCGAUUACCCACCGGCUUGCAUACAUGUUUUCCUUUCCUUCGACGGCGAAGAGAUCGACGAGCUAUACCUUCGGACAAUCGAUCGCCUGGGCAUUCCUGUGACCAUGAAGGAAUUUCCGAAAUCGAUUGAUGUCGCAUACAACGGCUCGCGUGUCACCAUCUCACGCUUUCGACACGGAGGAAAACGACACUGCCAGAAGGCGACAUAUAUGCUCAUUGACAAGAUCUAUCGUCAAUACCUAGCCGAGAAGGACGACUUGUUCAUCCUCUUCAUCGAUUCUGAUUGCAUACUCGACUCUGUCUGCAUCCAGAACUUCAUGUACGAAAUGGAAUUGAAGCCGGGCAAUACUAGGGACAUGCUCGCUAUGACAGGGGUCAUCACUUCUUCUACAGGCAGAAUGACGCUGCUGACCCUGUUGCAAGACAUGGAGUAUGUUCAUGGACAGCUAUACGAGCGCUCAGUCGAGUCAGGGCUGGGAGCUGUCACAUGCCUGCCAGGUGCGCUGACCAUGCUUCGCCUGUCAGCAUUUCGCAACAUGGCCAAGUUCUACUUCUCGGACAAGGCAGAGAACUGCGAAGAUCUGUUCGAUUAUGGCAAAACUCACCUUGGAGAGGACCGCUGGCUGACACAUCUCUUCAUGCUUGGUGCUCAGAAGCGCUAUCAGAUACAGAUGUGCUCGAGCGCGUUCUGCAAGACAGAAGCGGUGCAGACUUUCGGCGCGUUGCUCAAACAGCGUCGGCGAUGGUUUCUUGGCUUCAUCACGAACGAAGUCUGCAUGCUGACCGACUACCGACUCUGGCGCAAGUAUACGUUCUUGUGUCUUAUCCGACUCAUGCAGGACACCAUCCGGACGACGGCAUUACUGUUCACGAUCAUGAUGAUCUCCGUGGCAACCAAGGCAAAUCAGUUCGGUGACCUGCCCUGGCAGUUCAUCUGUGUCUCCCUCGGACUCAAUUGGCUGAUGAUGCUGUACUUCGCAGCGCGCCUCACACGGUUGAAAGCUGCGUUGUAUCCGAUGAUGUUUGUGCUCAACCCAUUCAUGAAUUGGGUCUACAUGAUCUACGGUAUCUUCACAGCUGGUCAGCGUACUUGGGGUGGCCCUCGAGCAGAUGCCGGGGCCGCGGAUGCGAAGGUCACGCCUCAGCAGGCAAUUGAGCAUGCCAUGGCCACUGGAGAUGAUCUGAAUGUCGUGCCGGAGACCUUCAAGUCAGCUUUAGGAGCCCGUCAACGUCGCCUCAAACAUACAACCUUGCAGCCAUCACCAAGCGUCGAAGGUAGAUUUGCACCAGCUGUGCUCUCGCCGACACCUUCACAUCACGCCCGGCAGGAAUCGGGUCAGUCGGAUGUGGAUAUGAAGGAACUGAUGGGCAAUCGGGACAUGUCAGGUGAUUUGAGCGAUUCUGAGGGCAUCUCGAUUCACACUCCCAGGCAUGUUCCCACGAAUCUACACAUGACUGAAGCCAUGUAUGGUGUGGAGGGAAUGGACGUGGCAGAUCCUAAUGAGCUAUCCCGGCGCCUGAACAUCAUAUCUGGUGAGACCUCGAUGAUCGGAAGAAGUCCUCUGGCAGGACGAGCCCGUUGA